AUGACUUUCCACGCAGCUGCAACCCUCCUGGCGCUUGCGGGUAUGGCUCAAAGCAUCCUCGCCUCGGGCUCGGCCGCAUUGGCUUGUUCUGCAAGCACAUUUGCCUCCCUGACACUAAAUAACAUCGACAUCACCACACUCAAUGUCACCACCAUCCACAAUUAUUCCACUGGUAGCAGCGGUUCCACGGGAACCGGCGGUACCGGCGGCGUUAGCGUAACGUCAGCAUCGACAGGUACCAGUGCGUCUAGUGCGGAUAUUUGCUUAAUUGGAAUGACCUAUACCCAUCCGGGACAAAAUGAUAUUGUCAACACCUUCAUUGGGCUUCCACUUGAUGUGCAGGACUGGAAUUCGCGUUUUCUGAUGAAUGGCGGUGGCGGCUGGUAUGCUGGAGGCGAGAACGAAGUUCUGGAGCCGGUGAUAUCAGGAUAUUCGUCUUCUUCUACGGAUGGGGGCCAUAACACGAGUGCCUCAACAGCGGACUGGGGAUUGGCCAGCGAGGGGAAUACGAAUUGGCCUGCACUGUGGGAUUUCGCAAGCACCGCUAUUGCCGAGGCGGCAGUCCUGGGAAAGUUGGCGACAGAAAUAUACUUCGGGUCGAGUCCCAAGUACUCGUACUGGAAUGGCUGUUCCACCGGGGGCCGGCAGGGGCAUGCGAUGGCCCAGAAACAUCCAGAACUCUUCGAUGGUAUUGUUGGGGGCGCUCCAGCCAUCAAUUGGGACAAGUUCAUUCCAUCGGAAUGGUGGGGGGCUCUCAAUGCUCAACUAUUAAACAUCGCCCCGCCUUCUUGUGUCCUCGAGGCUUUCACAAAUGCAGCUAUUGAGGCAUGUGAUCUCCUUGAUGGCGUCAAAGACAGCGUUAUCGCCUACCCAGGACAAUGUCACUUCCAAGCAUCCUCCUUGGUGGGUCAAUCCGUGACCUGCAGUGAUCCCAGCGGAGUAAUUACCAUCACAAAGGAGAUGGCCAAGCUGGUUGCAGCCAUGUGGACUGGGCCUCGGUCCGCUGAAGGACGAUUCGAGUGGUACGGCCUGCACUACGAUGCCGAUCUCACAGGUCUGCUCCCGACGACGUGUACCUCAAUCGACAAUUGCACGGUCACCCCCUUCAGCAUCAGCGACGACUGGGUCAAGGUUUUCCUCGCCCGGAACUCCACGUUCGACACCAGCAGUCUCACGCGGCAGGACUACGACCGUCUCUUCCGCGACUCGGUGGACCAAUAUGCCUCCGUCAUCGGGACUGAGAAUCCCGAUCUCACAGACAUGAAACGGGCAGGGACGAAGAUGAUUGCCUGGCAUGGCAUGCAGGACGAGUUGAUCCCCACCAAUGGCACAGUCGACUACUACAGGCGCGCACGGGCGUUUGAUCGAGACUUAGAGGACUACUACCGCUUCUUCCUGGCGCCGGGGGUGGCCCAUUGUGGGGGUGGAAAAGGGUUUGAUCCCAGCAACACGAUUUUCGAUACGCUGCGAGCGUGGGUUGAGAAUCGAACGGUACCAGAUCGCCUGGAGGCUGUUGCAGCGGCGGUGGGCCCGUCUAAUAGCUCGGCAACACGGACGGCAUACCUGUGUCCAUAUCCGAAGCUUUUUACCUUCACUGGUGGAGACCCGAAUAGCGCGUCCUCAUUCAGCUGUAAUUAG